AUGUCUUUAAAGAUUGACUGUACUUGGGCAAGAGUGUUUCUUAGAGAAACUAAAAGUUUAAGCAAAACUGAAAGGAUUCCCGGUGAAGGAAAUGCGAAGUUUGCUGCUAGAUUGCUGCAAGAUGGAUUUAAAAUCUUCGAUGAACAUUUUCAAGAAUACCCUGGGCUACACAUGAAACGGGAAGACUUCAUGCGGCAUUACAGAACCAUUGAUGAAAAAUUUUACAACUGGAGAAGCAAAACCGAAAAAGAAGCAUACCUAACAGCGUUUUCCUCAAAGAACUGGAAUGAGGGCAAAGUAAUAAGUAAAGAAGGGAAAAAAGAUCACUCGUUGACCAGCUGCCAGGCCUGUCUUUUAUUCAACUCUCAAUUACAAUCUACCUUCCCAAUAAGUAAGUUUUGCAGAGGGGCUAGGAAAGGACCCCUGACUGAACUUAACACAAAUAUCAAGAGACAAUGUCAGAGAGAACCUAAGGUCACAAAAAGGAAAUUAAAAAGCAUUGGGGAAGCAAUAUAUGCCACCUACAAUGAAAAAUGCCAGGAAAACUUUCAAAAAUCACUUAGUGACAUUCUAGUACUUGUCCCUGAAGCUGGUCUUCAAAAGAAGCCUUCACCUGCUGAAAAGAAAAAAAUGAAGAGAAAUGAGCGAAGGCAAACAAAAAAAGAACUAGAGACCAAAAUGUCACAAAAUGACAGUGCUGUUCACUUUAGCCUUCGUCAGUCUUACAGUUCAAGACAAGUCCAAAGAAUGGCCCUGUCCUUUGAAACCUUUGAAGAGGCCAAGGAGAGAGCAAAAACGACCCCACCAAAGGUCAGGGAACGAUCCCACACAGCUUCACCUGCUAACAUAGAAGGAAAGUUGGACCAGCUACUAGCAGAUGUAGAGUCAUGGCCUGAUGGUCCUCCAAACUGGUCAGAAAAGGCCAGAAUGUACAACAUCAAAACCAGGGGAAGUGAUUCGACACCUGGCAAUGGAGGGCAAUUAGUCAAAGCCUUUUUACAGUCAAAAAGAGCAGACAUUACCCGAUUUAAG